GGUCGUUGUGCACGUACUGUUCGUCCGUACUCGUGCCGUGUGUUUUACGUGUGUGUGUGUCGUGUGGUUAAAUCUAUUUGUUUUUUAAUAGAUUUUCCCGAAACGUUUUCGCGUGCGUUGUUCGUUCGCGUCUAUCCUAAACAUGUUUCGGUGUCGUUAUCGCGCCCGAGUAUUGACUUUCGGAGAAUAAUUACAAUAUUUCGUGUCGCGAUCGGUGGUGGUUUUGAUUUAAAAUUUUUUUUGGAUUUACGUACUUUUUUCCAGUUUUACCCGCUGCCGUCGUUUUAUCAUACCCUCCCCCCAGUGCGCGAAGGUUAGGGUAGAAAAUAUGAAAACCUCCCGGCGACGGGAAUUUUGCCGGCCUGUGCUGCUGAUGCUGCUGUUAGCGUUCAUAUCGGUCGACGACGUUACAGGACAAUAUAGAAAACCUAGAAUCACCGAGCAUCCUACGGAUAUAACUGUACCGAAAAAUGAGCCGAUCACUUUGGGGUGUAAGGCUGAAGGCCGACCAGAGCCGACAAUCGAAUGGUAUAAAGACGGCGAAUUGUUAAAAAUCCCACCAAAUGGUGUGGCGGCUGGUGGAGGUGGUGAUAAUGGAGCUAGGUCUUCGCAGAAAGUGAUCCUAUCAGACGGUUCUUUAUUUUUCUUGCGAGUGGCGCACAAUAAAAAGGAACAAGACAGUGGCGUUUAUUGGUGUGUUGCUAAAAACGUAGCUGGUAUAGAAGUAAGCCGAAACGCAACUCUUCAAGUAGCAGUGCUCAAAGACGAAUUCCGAGUGGAGCCAAAGGACACAAAAGUAGCUCAGGGACAAACGGCGCUCAUGGAGUGCAGUCCACCAAAAGGUCAUCCGGAUCCAAUGGUCGUUUGGAAGAAAGACAGAGAAGACGUGCACAUAGAUUCGAUGACAAGGAUGCGAAUCGUAGACGGCGGCAAUCUGAUGAUUACAGACGUCAAACAAGAUGACGGCGGUGAAUAUCUUUGCGUGGCACAAAACAUCGUAGGAAAAAAGGAAAGUACGCCGGCCAAACUCACUGUAAAUGUGAAACCGUUCAUAAGUUCUGAACCCAAAGAUGUAACAGUGCACACCGGACAGACUGCUGAGUUCGAAUGCAAGGUGGGUGGUGAUCCAAAACCAAACAUCUACUGGGAACGCGAUGGUAAUAAAAUGCCUUUCGGCCGAGCCCAAAUAUUGGACAACAAAUCACUGCGGAUCAUUAAUGUGAUAGCACAAGACGAAGGACUCUACGUUUGUAACGCUGAAAAUGACGUGGGUUCCGAGAAGGCCAAAGCUUCAUUAACCGUGCACUCCCCGCCGACAUUUGUGACCAGACCCAAAGACCAAAAAGUGGGCCUCAACGGAAUUGCAAAUUUCGACUGCGUGGCCCAAGGCAACCCGCCGCCAUCUGUGUUUUGGUCGCGUGAAGGGUCCCAGGUGCUGAUGUUCCCUGGCAACGCGUACGGUCAUUUUCACGUGACUCAAGACGGAACGCUGCGUAUACAGGGAGCUCAAAAAGAAGACGCUGGUUUCCUAGUGUGUUCCGCGUUGUCUGUCGCUGGGUCAGUGACUUGGAGAGCGUUCUUGCAGGUCACUUCUGUGCAAGAUGUUCCUCCACCCGUCGUCGACAUCGGACCGACUAAUCAAACGUUGGCUACGAGAUCAGCUGCCACAUUACCAUGUCAGGCGUCCGGUAUACCAUUACCUACCAUAAAAUGGUAUAGAAACGGAAAUUAUUUAUCUCCAGAUGAUCCUAGAGUAACUAUUACAUCAUCGGGCACACUACAAAUAGACGAACUUGAAGUAUCUGAUUCUGGUCUGUACACGUGCACCGCUUCUUCGGAAAGCGGCGAGACUUCCUGGUCGGCAUCACUGAGCGUGGAAGAAUCCCCGGGCUCACGACUCCACCGCGCGCCUGACCCCGCCAUGUUUCCAGCGGCCCCAUCAGUGCCAACCAUAGUAAAUGUCACCAGAAACUCGGUUACAGUUACGUGGCACCCACCCACUCCACACCUUGGCGCUUCUCCGAUCAUCGGGUACACGCUUGAGUAUUACAGCUCAGACCUGCAAACCGGUUGGGUGGUCGCCGCACAUCGUAUAUCAACCAACACCAUGGUCGUUGAUAACCUAAAACCGGACACGUCAUACGUGUUUAUGGUAAGGGCUGAAAACUCGCAUGGCUUGAGUGUGCCAAGCGCGUUGUCCGCUAUGGUAAAAACCGGUGGAACCAAUACGAUUAUCACACAGCAGUCGCUAGAAGAAGCCCGAGAAAGGCUAGGUACUAAAGUUAUAGACUUCAAGGAACUAUAUCCGGUAUCAUCUACAUCAGUACGAGUAACGUGGGAGGUAUUGAGCAGUCCCGAAUGGGUAGAAGGUAUUCACGUAAGGUUCAGAGACUUAUCUGGUGGCUCUCAGACCUAUAACAUGAUGACAGUAAUGAUGAACAACGGUGAGCCUAAGUCGUACACACUGGCCAACCUCCGUAAGUAUAACAAGUACGAUUUCUUCUUGGUGCCGUUCUUUAAGACGGUCGAAGGUCAACCGUCGAACUCCAUGGUCGUCCAAACCAUCGACGAUGCUCCUUCUGCGGCUCCGGAAGACGUACAAACCGGUAUGGUUAACGCCACUACCGCGUUCAUACGGUGGUCGGCACCUCCACCGCAGCACAUCAACGGCGUACUGUUGGGUUAUAAAAUACAAGUGAAAAAUAACAACGCUACAAAGGCCACCGUACAAGAGCUGUUGAACUCGUCGACCACGACGAUUCUGCUCAACUUGACGGUGGGCGGCAGCUUCACGGCUCGGGUACAGGCGUACACCCGGAACGGGUACGGGCCCUACAGCGCCCCGGUGCCGAUCGUCAUGGACCCGGCGUACCCGGCCAGGGCGUAUUCGUCUACUUCCAACGGUGAGGCGUGGAUCAUCGUGCUGUUGGCGGCCCUGGUAGUGAUGUUGGCGUGCGUUAUUGUCACUGUCGUGUACUUGAAGCGGAAACAGAACGCCGGCAAACAGCUGGGCCACUUCAACGUGCCGGUGGUCAGUGGUGACCUGUCUCAACUGAGCAUGUUAAGCGCCGGCGGAAAGGAGGCGCUGUGGAUCGACCGCGGUUGGCGCAACGGGGAGAAGGAUCCCGAGUCCAAACUGUUGAACGGCAUCGGUAGGGAGACGCCUUGCGCAGACUACGCCGAGGUGGACACCCGGAACUUGUCGACGUUCUACAACCCGCGCAAAGACAUGACGUCCAACCCAACACCGUACGCCACAACUACUCUGGUGAAUCGUGACGAUUGCAAUGAAUCUACGCAUCUCUUCGGAGCCGCUAGCAGCUCUUCCGAAACCAAGACACUGAGCUCCAACGGUUCGUGCCAUGAACGGUGUCAUGAACAAGUGGCUGCACCUAACAACCAUUAUCUCGACGAAAACGUGGACUUCAACAAUCACAAGCGAAAACCGCCAAUCUACCCGAUUAAUCAAGCGCCGCCCCCGAAUUGGAACGAGUUCCUCCCACCGCCCCCUCAACACCCGCCGACCGAUUCUAUGCGAAAAACGUCUCAGUCCAACGGAGGCAGUCCACAAACAAGUCGUCGUAUGCACGCUGGAAGUUUCUCCAAACAGUCACACAUCCACUCCAGCAAGUCUUUGGCCGGUAGUUGCAACGGCUACACGCCCGCAUGGAUUUACACUGGCAACCAAAGCAAUGAACAUAGAUUCAACCCACCACCUUCCACACAACCACCUCCGGUACCGAACUCGUCUCAUCCAUCCAUGUGCAACGUGUCUUCGUGCCAGGGACUGGACCGGUCGUCCAACAAAUAUGGCGCGUCGCGGAACCGCAUGCACUCCGAUUACGAAUACGAGAGCGCAUCACUUUUGUACGGCCAUGUCAAUCAGCCAACGCAACAGCAACCGCAACCACCUCCGAUGUCGUGUAAUAAACGGACGCCUGACGAACAGCCACAGCAGUACAACACUUGCUGUUCCGAGGGGAAUAGCAUAGAUCGUUGUAUGCAGUCCACUCUACCGGGUCUCGCGUACAAACAUCAUUCCGAACAGUGGCAUCGAGACCGUGGUUGGUGUGACGAAGACGAUGACGACGAUGACGAUAGAGGGGUCGGUGGCGGUGGCGUCAAUGUCGCGGGAGCUGACGAUAAGGGUAGCUGCAGCAGCGGUUGCUCGUGCAGCGAAUCGUCUUGUUUGUACGCCGAGGCGACGGACGUACCGUGUCCAGUUGUACUCCAGACUUCUUCAUCGUCAACAGCUGUUGGCCGCAAAUGAUAAUGUCACUCCCGACGAAGUGUUGUCACUCCAGUACUAGCUCCCAUUUCGAAGACUGCGACGGUUCGUUGAAAACCGUCAGAAAAUCGUCAUAAGUCAAUUCGAUGUUUCACAUUC